GUCGACGUCGUCCUCACCGCCUGAGACGACGUGCUCAUCGACCACUGCCACUUCUCUUCUGGCUAUAUGCUGCACGUCUCGUUGCUGACUACACGAUACGAAGUCUAACGUGUCCUUUACGACCACAACUACUUGAUCACUCGACCUCGCCAUGUUCAACGCUCCUCGUCCGGUGCAGCCUUACGGCGGAGGCACCUCCCAAUUUGGUGCGAGUUUCAUGGCCACCGAGAACCCCCUCCUCAGCUCUGUGUACGACGACGGCUUGGACCCUUGGAGUGCAGCACCCAGUCCGGCCCCUCCUGCCCUUCCCUCGUUCACGCCGUCUACGAACGGCUUCAGCUCUGUGAUAGGAGAUGCGACUGUACCACAUAUCUACAACCGGGCUUGGUCUGCUGUCGACCCAAACAGCACGGGCGAAACUUCUGUCAACGCCCUCUCCAGAGCGCUGGGUACAUCAUCUCUCCCAGCGUCCACUGUGGAUAAGAUUGUGAGCCUUGUCAGCUCCCGUCCACGCGUAUCACGCCUGGAAUUCUUUGUUGCUCUCGCCCUCGCCGCCCUUGCGCAGUCCGGGAAAGAUCUCAGUAUAGAGCGUGUAGCUGCUCUGGCACAACAGAAUGCCCUCCCGGAACCCAGCCUUGACGUCGACUCGAUCACGCCGUCGUCGUCCAACUUUCAUGACAUCAUGCGGCUUCCUCCUCCUACCCGAGGCUACUCUGCCGAUGACCCCUGGAACGCCUCGAGGAUAACGACGUCACCGAACGCCCCGUCCAAGCUUCCUGCUCUUGGCAGUAUUAACAACGGGGCGCAAUCGAGUAUAGCAGGCACUGGCCUUCCCCGUGAGUGGUGGAAGAAGCAGGAGACUAUCUUUGUCAACGUCUUGGGACAUCAAGGAUUCGUCCUGAAUAGAUACCUUGUCUACGAGGUUUCCAGUGACCGCGGGCCCCCCGUACCUCGGAGGUAUUCCGAAUUUGUAUUUCUUUGGGACGUGUUAGUCAAGCGCUAUCCCUUCCGUCUCUUGCCGGCACUACCGCCUAAGCGGAUAGGAGCUGACGAGGGUUUCUUGGAACAACGAAGACGAGGCCUCGCACGCUUCAUCAACUUCGUUGUGAAUCAUCCCAUUAUUAAGGAAGAUGGUGUCCUCGCGUCGUUCCUUACAGAACCGCAUUUUGAGGAGUGGCGCAAACACACCUCUAUAACCUACGAAGAGGAGUCGGCGAGCAAACGUGUGGAUCGCGUGGAAGAGAUGAGCAUACCCAGUGAUCUCGACGAUAAACUUGCCGUCGUGCGCGGAAAGAUCAGCUUCCUCAUCGAACAUUGGCAGCGCAUCUGCCUACUCACGGAGCGGAUCGUCAGGCGCCGAGAGGCAGCAGCGGUACGGCUCACUCCUGUCCUCAGGCCAAGCUUCUUGCCGACUCACCUGCCCUCGUUCUCGCUCGCUGCCUCUCUCUCUACCUCCGCCCUGGUCCCAUCCGGUUCAACGCGCUGGUCCUCCCACUCUGCUCCCGCCUCGCCCUCGCGGACCUCCGCUGCCUCUUCCGCGGACGCCUCCGAUCGCGAUUCGGCAUCUUCAAUCUUUUCCGGCCUUACUGGUGCGGCGCGGCGCACCACGACUUUGGACGGACAGGCGGACCUGUCGCGUCUGACGAACACGUUCAAGGCCCUCGUUGAGGUGAACGAGCGCUGCUGGCGCGGCGAAGACUGCGAGCUGUGCGCUGGUGUGCGCCAGGGUCUCGGCCACGUCUCCGACCACACACAGCGUCACGCCGACGCGCUUGAGCAUCGGUCCCGGACGAUGCUGUAUUCCACGUUGGAAGCAUUGAAGGCUCAACGUGACCUUUACAUCGCGAUGCGCGACCUCUUCAUCCGCCACGACCGGCUCUCGCCAGACCUAGUUGACCGCCUCCGCAAGCGCGUGGAAACAACCGGGCACAAGCUCGAGACCGUCCGGCAGGCGCAGAAGGAGGGCCACGAGCAGGAAGUGGACAAGCUCACGGGCGCGAUCGAGAAGGACCAAGCCACGAUCGCAGCGCUACUCGCUCGACGUGUGUUCAUCCGUGCCAGCAUGUGGCACGAACUGCGCGUCGUGCUGCACAAUCGGGAGAACACGCUGCUCACGCAGGCCGUGCAGGCGUUCGCGCGCGAGGAGCACGACUUCUCCGAGGCGUCGGUCGGGAACUGGGCGUCGCUUGUGGACGCCGUCGAGGGGAUGCCGUUCGAGUGAACGUGCUCGGGGCCUGCAUGGACGGACGGUGGACAGUGGGGUCGAGUAACACGCUUUCGUAACUAUCGUGAGGAUCUAUUCAGCUGAAUAAUCGGAUACCCUUUCU